GUAUUUGAGGUUAUGUUGUAGGAUAGUAGUUUAGGUUAUGCUGAUCGCUGAUACAUGCUGCAACCAUAUCAAUUGCACAAUGAAUUCUAACAAAGCAAGAUUAUCGAAAAGUAUACUGGAAAUGAAAUUUAUGAAACGUACAAAAGAAAAGGUCGAAAAACAACAAUUCCAAGAAGAAGGAGAAGAAUAUUUUGGAAAUGCCCUGACGAAGCGUAUGAUGAAAGAUUCAGAAAGAUUCAUCAUAGAGCCUAGUUAUAUCAUUUGUGAGAAAUUAAUCGAUGGCAGAGUAAGUUACCAAGGAAUGAAUCCUGAGAUUGAAAAGUUAAUGGAAUAUGAGGUAGCCAAAGAACGUGCUGCAAUGGAAUUGAAAAAUGAAACUGAUAUCUCAGAUGAACAAAUGGUAAAACAUUGGAAAGGCUUUAAAAAACAAAGAUCUAAACAUAAAUACGAAAAUGAGUCGCAAAAAGACAGUAUUAAAUCCCUUCAACCAAAAACAAAAAAGCCAAAAUUUAUGAAACCACAAGACUAAUACGAAAUAGUAAUAGUUUGUACAUAUGUGAACAUUAGGUUUUAAGGUCUUUUAUAAAUCUGUUAUUUAAUGUAGAUAACAUUUAUGAAUCCUUUUUAUCAAUUGUCACGUUAUAUUUAUCACACAAAUUUUUAAAAGUUAGCACUGAUAAGUUCUGUACGUUAUACUCUUUUAAUCCUUCUGUCCAAAGUAAAUUGAAACUGUCAUCAGUAAAAUGAACACCUAUAUUUGUAAAUAUAGUUCUUAUCUCUUCUUUAUCAUGUGGCUAUAAAAAGUAAUUGGAAUAGUUAUUAUUUCCCACAUUGUUUAUAUGUGUUUAUACAUACUUUGGUAAGGUCGUUACGGUCCAGACCAUAUCUGGUAAAGACAGAUGGGAAGAUGAGAUCAUAAGCUGUAGUUCUGUCAUCUUUCAAAGUUUUGUGCAGAACUUCCUCUGAAAGGAAUAAUAUAGUAAUAAAAUAUAAUUUAAUAAAAUAGUCUUUACACUAA